AUGAGGAUCCAGAAACGUUACUUCUGUUCCGGGCUCAUCUACCCGGGCCACGGCAUGAUGUUCGUCCGCAACGACUGCAAGGUGUUCCGAUUCUGCAAAUCCAAGUGUCAUAAAAACUUCAAGAAGAAGCGGAACCCACGCAAGGUCAGGUGGACUAAAGCCUUCCGGAAAGCAGCUGGCAAGGAGCUCACCGUGGACAACUCAUUUGAAUUUGAAAAACGUAGAAAUGAACCUGUGAAAUACCAGCGAGAGCUCUGGAGUAAAACCAUGGAUGCAAUGAAGAGGGCUGAAGAGAUCAAGCAGAAACGCCAGGCUAAGUUUAUAAUGAACAGGUUGAAGAAAAACAAAGAGCUACAGAAGGUUCAGGACAUCGAAGAAGUCAAGCAGAGCAUCCAUCUUAUCCGGGCUCCUCUUGCAGGCAAAGGAAAGCAGCUGGAAGAAAAAAUGGUCCAGCAGUUGCAGGAGGAUGUGGACAUGGAGGAUGCUUCCUAACGGUGCCUCCUGCAACCAGCCCUGGACACACUGGAAACCAGUGGAGACUGUCGAUCCCUAAGUUACUGAUUGGUUAUGUAAGGUCCC